AUGUAUAAUAUUGAUGUUUUCCAAAAGCAGAACAAGACAACUCCAAAAAGUAAUCAACCCACUGCUUGGAAGCCGCCAGUUCAUGGUUACUUGAAGCUGAACACUGAUGGUUCAUGGAAAUCAAAUGAUAAAGCAAGUGGAGGUGGUGUCAUUAGGAGAACGGAUGGGUCAUGGUUCAUGGGGGUUUCAAUCAAGUUUGAUGCCAUUAAUCCCGCAGCUGCAGAGUUGGUGACAAUUAGGGAAGGACUCUCAUUGGCCAACAAUCACAAUAUCAGCAGAUUAGAGGUGGAAACAGAUGCACAAGCUAUGAAGAUUAUUAUGGAUAGUGCUGAGAAAUAUCCUCAUCAUCAGUUGAAUGCAAUAAUUUAUGACAUUGUCAAGCUUCUGAAAACUAACUGGGUGGUAAUUUUCCUUCAUGCAAAACGAGAUGCAAAUGUGGUAGCACAUAAACUAGCAAGGUUUGGUAUGGAUAUGGAGGUGGACAAGGUUACGCAUACUUCUCCACCGCAAUGUAUUAUGCAGGAUUAUAUGCAAGAACUGGUCAACCCGAUGGCGUAG